UGAUAAAAUCACAGAUUUGAAAUGGGGACAUGUUUGAAUUGGAGUAAUAUUUAUAAGCUAUUUAUUAUAUCCAAUUAAUGUGAUAAGAACGAGAGAACUUCGAAUUCUUCCAAUUUCAUAUUGGGACAAAUUGAAGUGACUAUAUCGUAAAUGGAGGACGGAUUCAUACCUAAGCACUUGAUCAAGCCACCUCUGAGGAAAAAAAUUAAUUCUCAAAAUGUUAAAUCCGCUGCUACCACGAAAAACGACAAAGACGUCGAAUUCAAAUUGAAAAAAGCUAUUGUAGAAAAUUCAGAAGUCCGUCGAAAUCCUAGAAGGCAAGUAGGCGAGAAAAAUUACGAAGAGAUUGAAGAGCCGAAGGAUGAUCGAUAUGUCUAUUGCGACUUUUGCGACGAAGUAUUCGUGGACAACUGCGCCAAAUGCGGCCAGUUGUGUUACUUACGAGACGAAGAAGUUCCAAUGGGAACGGAGAGUAGGGCCAAGCUUACGGUACCGAAAAAUACUCUGGUUGUUCAUCCUUCUCCAAUUCACGGUUUCGGAGUUUUUGCCAAGACACCCUUAAAGAAAGGGAUGAAGAUGGGACCGUAUGAGGGUAAAAUAACGAAGGUGGAAAGCACAGCCGGGUACAGCUGGAAGCUGAGCGAUGGCAGACUGGUAGAUGCUGCUGAUGAGAAAUUCUCCAAUUGGAUGAGAUUCAUAAACUGUGCUCGCCAUUUCGAAGAACAGAACGUGGUCGCCUUCCAAUACAGAAGUAACCUGUACUACAGGACCUGCAGGGAUAUACAGCCCGGUCAAGAACUCCUUGUAUACUACGGUCAUAGCUUCGCUCAAAACCUAGGAAUAGACGUGAGGAAAUACUUCGAGCCUAAGGAAGAACAAAUGUUACAAAAUCCAGAGUGUUGUCCUCACUGCAACUAUUGUUACAAGGAUCUAACGAAGUUGAAGAAUCACUUGGCUUUGUGCAAAUGGAAUCCUGAAAAUUUUAAGAAGCUUCCGGAGAAGAUUUAUUAUUGCAAGUUUUGUCCACUGGCCACUGGAGAUGAGGAAUAUCUCAAGAGACAUGAGAAGAGGUGUGAAAAAGAAAAGGAGAAUAAUAAAAUGAACACUGACUUAGCUGAUGAGACAGAAAAGAAAAAAUUCCAAUGUCAACACUGCAAAUAUUCUACGAACAAGAGAAGUCAUUUAAAGGGACACGAAAUGAUUCACAAUACUGAAUGUGAGAAAAAAUUCAAAUGUGAGGAAUGUCAAUAUUCUACUAAUAAUAAAUCUGACUUGAAAAAACAUAAAAGAAUUCAUGGAAGAACCUUUUCGUUCAGUUGCAGACUUUGUCAGAAAGGUUUCAAUCAAACUGGUUGUUUGAAUAAUCAUAUGUAUAAGAGUCAUCUGAAUUCGGCAGAGAAAAAAACACUAUUGGAUACUUUAGAAAUCUAUGACGAUAGGGCUAAAAAGAAUGUAAUCGAAGCAGAAUUUGCUAAUGGUUCAAAAAUGAAAUUUGUAGAGUAUAAAUGUCAACAAUGCACGUUUGUAACGAUAAGAGAAGGACAUUUAAGAAGUCACCUUAACAUUCAUAGAAAAAAACUGAUGUUCUCUUGUUUCUUUUCUUGUGAAUUCAUGUCAGCUGAAUUAGAUGAAAUUCGAUAUCAUUUGAAAAACAAUUGUAUAAGGAAAACAUCAGAGUGUGACAUAUGUGAAAAAAGUGCAUUUUGUGAAAUGCACAUCAGAAAGAGUUAUAAGAAUGAGGAAGGUUACACUUGUGGCAUCUGUAGCCAUAUUUUUUUUCAAAGAAGUAAUCUCAAAAAACAUGUUUCUUCAGUACAUUUAGGAGAGAAGAACUACAAGUGUCAACUGUGUGACUAUUCUGCAAACGAAAAAGGAACUCUCAAAAGACAUAUCUCAUCAGUACAUUUAGGAGAAAAAAACUGCAAGUGUCAUUUGUGUGACUAUUUAACAAACCGAAAAGGGGAUCUCAAAAGACAUAUUUCAUCAAUACAUUUAGGAGAAAAAAACUACAAGUGUCAAUUGUGUGACUAUUCAACAAACGAAAAAGGAAAUCUCAAAAGACAUAUUUCAUCAGUACAUUUAAAAGAAAAAAACAACAAGUGUCAAUUGUGUGACUAUUCAACAAACGAAAAAGGAACUCUCAAGAAACAUAUUUCAUCAAUACAUUCAGGAGAGAAAAACUACAAGUGUCAAUUGUGUGACUAUUCAACAAACGAAAAAGGAACUCUCAAAAAACAUAUUUCAUCAAUACAUUCAGGAGAGAAAAACUACAAGUGCGAAUUUUGUGAUUAUUCUGCAAACCUAAAAUCAUUUCUCCAAAAGCAUGUUUCUUCAGUACAUUUAGGAGAGAAAAUGCACAAAUGUCAAUUGUGUGACUAUUCUACUAACCGAAAGGAAGAUCUCGAAAGUCAUAUAAACGGCAAACAUUUGAAAACAAAUAAGUAUAACUGUGAUUUUUGUGAUUAUUUCUCAUUUUACAAAAACCAAUUGAGGAAACAUAUUGAAAAACGACAUGUGAACAUUUGAACUCCACUGAAAGAACACACAGUAAGAAUUUCUGAAUUCCUAUGUGCUUUUUCUUCCACCCUUUCUUUCUAUUCGCAAAUUAAAUUUAAGUACUUGAUGACAUAAACUGACAUA